GAGAUGGUAAAUAGAAAAAGGAACGUAUAAAUAGUUUGCCAUGUAUUUUAUCAUUUGUAGUUUUAUUUGUAUCGCCAUAAAAUGGAUAAGCUAGUGUACAAAUCGCAUCUCAUAUUCUACACCGAGGAUGAGAUACAACGGAUUUUGAAUGGUCAUGGAAUGAAAGUCGAUCAGCUUUUUGAUUAUGUCAAGAUCAUCAAGGAUUGGUUGAAAACGCAGCCUCACAUCCCUUUGGAGCCUAGCGAUAGGCAAAUUGCUUAUUUCCUGUUAAUGAACAAAUUUUCCAUAGAAAACACUAAAGUGAAGUUGGACGCGAAUUACACUAUCAAAGGUUUAAUACCUGACUUUUUCAAUAAACCUGCAUCGCAUCCGGACAUUCAAAGAGCUCUGAAAUUCGUAAAUAUUGGAUUUUUACCGAAAUUAUCUAAAAACUUGAACCGUAUCAUCAUCUGGCGUUUGAAAGAUGCGGAAGAUCUGGACGUUCCUCUGAUUUUCACCAUUUACUGCAUCUUAUACGAGCUUAAAACUAUUUUGGACUUUAGUAAUGCGGAAGAGUACAUUUUCGAUAUGUCAUAUUUUCCGCUCUCGGCUGUCGGAAAAUACACUCCAACGAUAGUCAAACGGUUCUUCACUGUUUUGGAAAAAGUUUACUCGAAUCGCAUUGCCACUUUACACUUUGUAAAUUUACCAUCACAUGCCCUAUCAUUAAUCAAUUUGAUUAAAAUGUUUUUAAAGCCGAAACUACGAGAAAGGAUGAUCUUUCAUGAUAAUUUCGAUAGUUUGCACGAAUAUUACGAUGUGGAUCAACUUCCCAAAGAAUUUAAUGGAAACGGUCAAAGCUUUGCUGAAAUCAAUGAGGGAACAAAGAAGUUAAUUAUGGAUCACGAAGAUCACUUAACGAAGGCUUUCAGCGCCAGAGUAAAUGAAGAUCUGAGAUCAACGAAAUUAACAAAUGACGAUUUGUUGGGUUUCCAUGGCAAUUUCAAGCAACUAGAUUUUGAUUGAUUUUUCAUCUU